CCUAUAUGCACAAACUAGUAUUUAAUUCCACCCGCCCACUAUUCUUAUAUGGGAUAGGGAAAGCAUCCCUGACUAAUAUUCAUAUCGCCCAACCUAGUAUCUGUUUCAGUUGAAGUAGUAUCCAUGUUUUGUUGAACACUUGGUUGCAUUUUGUUUUAAUGAACUAGUAUUCAGAGAGCAAAGACUAGUAUCCAAACUCACAACUAGUAUUCAACCAAUCAAUUACCAACUAACGUCCACGAUCAAACCAACUAAUAUUCAAGGGUUGCUAACUAAUAUCGAUCAAUACACUUGAUAGCAUUUUGAUAUCGAUCAGUAUACAUGAACACCUGCUCUAUUAAGACAAAUAAAUGCGUUAAAAAACCCUAAAUGAAUCAGUAAUCAAAUUGAACUGAAGAUGAUACAACGGAUAAAGAUUUUUUUAUAUCCUGUAGAGGACGAUGAAAGAGAAUCUAGUAACCACACUAUGAUUAAGUAGUAUUCUAGUAUAAAUUAGAGCACAAACUAGUAUUAAGAGUUUUUUAGUUAAAAAAAAAUUUAAUUAGUUGAUAGAUUAUGUUGACAUGGAUGAAUGGGGAAACAUGGAAUUUGAAUUGGUAAAGUCUUAAAUGGGUAAUCCUUUGGCAAAAUACAUUUGUAUAGCCAAAACUUUCGCGGUUUUGUCAAUAAUAGCCAAUUUUGGAGAAAUACCACUUAUAGCCAUAUUUUUAAAAACUUGUUUGACAAAUUUAGCCAUUUACGUCAAAUACUUCAACACCGUUAACAAUUUCGUUAAUUAAAUAGACAUUAAGCUUAUGUGGCUGCCACCUAGAUGACACAUCACGUCCACAUAGACUCGUCAUACCACAUAGCCGCCACGUCACAUUUUAAAAUUAAAAUAUCUAUUUUUUGUAUGUUGAAUCUCAUUUAAUCUCAUUUCUUCUUGCGACAAGAAUCCGGCUACUUCUGGCGUCCUCUGCUUCGUCGUAACCGUCGAUUCCUCACCCCUGCAAAAAACGAAAUCAAAGGUCGAAGUAGAUAGAAUCCUCGCCCCUGAAUCGGGCUGUUGGUAGAUUCAUCGCUCCAAAUCCAUCUUCUUCUUCUCUAUUACGUGUCCGUGUCCAUGACCUUCAUGUCCUUGUCCAUGUUGGUUUUGAACUCCUUUGUUUCGGUUGCUUGUGUCCCACGUUAGUGGAUAGUCUUUGUGUCCCACGUUAGUGGAGAGUCUUUCUUUUCUAUAAAAGGUCAGUAGCUUUGUAGAUGGCCUAGUAUUAUCGGAUCAUUGAAAAUCAGAAAUAAAACUCAAGUCGUGAGCUCUUUCGAGCUCACCGUGGAUUAGUCUCGUUCAAUCAUGAACGGGGAUACCACGUAAAAUCUCGUGUUGUUUGUGUUCGCUUUCAUUCCGCAUUGCAGAAUUCUACAUGGUAUCAGAGCUAACCUUGAUCUAGGGUUAAAGUUUUCUUCUCCGGCGCCGCACGUCUUUCUCGCUAGGGCUUCUCAGCGUUCCGCGUCCUCAGCUCGUGCGUACUGCCCUCUCUAUCGUUUUUUUUUUGGUCUUCUUCGGCACAAUGAGUUUGGAUACUGGUGCUCUCACCACCGGGGUUCCCUCUGGCAUCGACGCACUGUCGCCUCUCCAUCUCCAUCCCGCGGAUCACCCCAACCUCAUGUUUGUCAGCGAGGCACUCACCGAUGUCAAUUACGGUGAUUGGGUGGCGAAAAUGACCAACUCCUUGCUGGCUAAAAAUAAACUCGGUUUUGUUACUGGUGACACGCCUCGUCCUGAACCAGGUCCGCAGCUGGAUGCUUGGAUCCGUUGCAAUGCUGCGGUGGUUGGGUGGUUGCGCACGGCCAUGAGUCGUGAUGUCCGCACCAGUCUUUCAUCUAGUCUUUCCGCGCAUCAAAUCUGGGAAGAACUCAGAGAAAGGUUCAGCACCGGCAAUCUCCCACGUCGCUACAAGCUUCGUCGCGACAUUACAGCUCUCCGUCAGGAUCACUUGAGCGUCGCAGCUUUCUACUCCAAACUAAAGCGCCUCUGGGACGAUUGGCUCACGUUGGAACCUCCUGCUCGUUGCACAUGUGGAAAGUGUGAGUGCCAUGUCGAGCAGCGCACUCGAUCUUCACAUGAGGAGAUGCGUCUACUUGAUUUUCUAAUCGGGUUGGAUGACAACUUCUCGGUCGUCCGCACUCAACUGCUCUCGAUGAAACCUACUCCUACCCUUGGCGCUGCGUAUCAGAUGGCAGCCAAUGAGGAGCAGCAACGUAGCCUUUCACAUGAGUCUCGUCCCCCGCCCGUUGAUGCUGCUGCUUUUCAAGGGAAGGGAGACGUGCUUCCAGGUGAACCUCGCACUGCCGAAGGUCGCCCUUGGUGUACUCACUGUGAAAAGCCGGGGCACUUCAAAGCCACAUGCUAUGAGCUCAUUGGCUAUCCACAACGAUCAUCGUCUCAAGGAGGCGGCAAAUCCGGUGACAAAUCUAAGCGUCACCACUCCAAUUCUUCUCGGCCUGACGCUAAGGCUGCUGCUGUUGAGAGUGACGCUAGCGGCGCUGUUCCUGGCUUAAACCCGGCACAAAUCGCCCAACUUCGGGCGUUCCUCAACAUGGAUUCUCCCAACAAACCAUUAGCCGGAAUGGCAGUCAACAUGUCAGGUAAUGUCUCUCCCUCUCUCGACUCAUGGAUUAUCGAUUCGGGCUGUAAUGAACACAUAGUUACGAAUGCUUCCUUGUUUGUUGGUGAGUUCGAGAAAAACUCCGAUAUGCAGGUUCGAAUUCCCAAUGGUAAUGGGGUUCCUGUUCGUAACAUUGGCAUGGCACAAUUACAAAACGGAUUGGUUUUGAAUCGGGUCUUGCACAUACCGGAUUUUCAGUGCAACUUGUUAUCUGUCAGUCGUCUCACUGCUGAUCACCCAGUGGCCGUGAUUUUCUUAAGCGAUUUCUGUGUUAUCCAGGACUUAACCUCGAGGAAGAUGAUUGGCAUGGGGAUUCAGAGUGAUGGUCUUUAUCAGUUGAAGGUAUUCGAACGGAGUCAUGCGAUGGCAUACUCGGCGCGGCAGGCUUUGGGGCAAUCUGCACUUUGGCAUUCUCGCCUCGGGCAUCCAUCUGGGACGAAGUUGUUAGCCUUGCAACCUUAUAUAUCUUGUCCUUUGGUUUCCAGUACCGACCCGUGUGAUUCUUGUUUACGGGCGAAACAGACUAGACUUCCUUUUGUUCACAGCAGUAUUAAAACGCAUUCGUGUUUUGAACUUAUUCAUAUCGAUAUUUGGGGUGGAUUUCAUGAGGCAUCUCUUACUGGCGCUCGUUAUUUCUUGACCAUUGUCGAUGAUUUCAGUCGUGCUGUAUGGGUUUUUUUGCUGCGGAACAAAUCUGAAGUGGCGCGUUAUCUACUUGUCUUUUGCCACCAAGUUCGCCGUCAGUAUAACAAAAAUGUUUGUCGUAUUCAGGCAGACAAUGGUCGGGAAUUUUCUACUCCUGCACUUCGUGACUUCUAUGAGAAAGAAGGCAUCAUCCUUCAAACUUCUUGCACAGAUACGCCACAGCAAAAUGGGGUCGUCGAGCGUAAGCAUCGUCAUCUUCUUGACACUGCUCGAGCCUUGCGUUUUCAUGCUGGUCUUCCCCUUCGUUUCUGGGGUGAAUGCAUUCUCACAGCGGUGUAUCUCAUCAAUAGAAUGCCACUCGUCCCUAUACAGAACAAAACUCCAUAUCAGAUCCUUCUUGGCACACUCCCCAAAUACGAUCAUCUCCGGAGCUUGGGUUGUCUCGUCUAUGCCAAGAAUAAUCAUCGUCAUCUUCACAAAUUCGAAGCACGUGGUCGCCCGGGCAUCUUUGUGGGUUACCCGGCUACGCAGCGAGGUUACCGCAUUUUUUAUCUUGAGAAGCAAGAAGUCUACACAUCUCGUGAUGUGGUGUUCAUAGAACACUUGUUUCCGUACAACAAUCCGCACAUGUUUGAGGGGGCGGUGCCACCCAUGGAAUUUUCUGCCCAUGAUCCUCUCACUCCUGUGCGCAUCAUAGAGGAUUUUCAAGUCCCUCUUACUGCCACUCCAGCAGACCCAAUGGCGGCCAGCUCAGCUCCCCAUGCCAGCCCCCACACUCCUCAAGCUGCCGAUGCUGUCAUCCCUUCCCUCGUCGAGCAGGUCACACCACUCACAGUGGUUCCACCUCCUCCUCUCUCACCGGCAGCGUCUCCUGCCUCCCCAGCUGCUUCUUCUCCCCUCACGGACAUUAGCAGCCCAGCAUCAGGUACCUCAUCUCCCUUGACCGAUGCACCUACACCACAGGCAGCCACCGAGCUAGUCCCUCCCCGGCGUGGUGAUAGGGUACGGCGCCCUCCUACUCGCCUUCAAGACUACGACACUGAUCUUCACAGCGAUUCCCAAGCUCAUCAUGUCCGCUAUCCCAUGGCCAAUUUUGUCUCCUAUCAUCGGCUCUCUCCUUCCCAUCGGGCAUUCGUCACUAGUGUUUCCCUUGUCACAGAACCAAAGUACUUCUUUCAAGCAGUCCGCCACCUUCAUUGGCGCAAGGCUAUGAUCACUGAAUUCAAUGCCUUAGUUGAAAAUGGCACUUGGACGUUGACUUUCUUACCUCCAGGCAAACGUGCUAUUGACUGCAAGUGGGUAUAUAAAAUCAAGUACCUACCCGACGGUUCCAUCGAGCGCUACAAGGCGCGUCUUGUGGCAAAGGGGUACACACAGGUUGAAGGAAUUGACUAUCAUGACACUUUUGCUCCCGUCACUAAACUGGUCACUGUUCGUUGCCUCCUCGUUGUCGCAGUCACGAAGGGUUGGUACAUCCAUCAACUCGAUGUCAACAACGCCUUCCUUCACGGUGACUUAGACGAGGAAGUCUAUAUGAGGGUUCCGCAGGGGUUCGCACAGCCUGGGGAUACUCGUGUUUGCCGACUCCGAAAAUCUAUCUAUGGGCUCAAGCAGGCUUCCAGGAAUUGGUAUAAAAAAUUCUCAGCUGCCCUUCUCGAACUGGGUUUUCGUCAUAGUCAUGCAGAUCACUCAUUGUUCAUCUAUCGCACGACUAGCUCUUUUGUCGUUGCUCUUAUCUACGUUGAUGACGUCAUUCUUGCUGGGGAUGACAUGGUCUUCAUUCAGUCUGUCAAGACGUUCCUUCAUGAUCGAUUCACCAUCAAAGAUCUUGGUCCUUUGAAGUAUUUUCUUGGGAUCGAAGUUGCUCGAUCUAAAAAGGGCAUCAUUCUCAACCAGCGCAAGUACGUGUUAGACAUUCUAGCUGACACUGGUUUUCAGGCCACCCGUCCUUGCUCCUCACCCAUUGAACAGAAUCAUCAAUUGGGUCGCACAGCAUCUCCUCCUGCCCCUGAUCCGGCAGCUUUUUGUCGUCUGGUUGGACGUCUGCUCUAUCUCACCGUUACUCGUCCGGAUAUCACCUACGUGGUUAACCUUCUCAGUCAGGCAGUGCAUGCUCCUACCCAGGACCACCUAGCCACUGCACAUCGGGUUCUACGGUACUUAAAGGGAUCUCCUGGACGUGGGCUUCUGUUUCCGGUAAACCAUUCACUCAAGUUGACUGCUUAUUGCGAUGCUGACUGGGAUGGUUGUCAAACCACGCGUCGUUCAACUACUGGUUACUUCAUUCGCCUUGGCUCCUCUCCUGUCUCGUGGCGCACUAAGAAGCAGUCAGUUGUCGCUCGUUUUUCUGCAGAGGCUGAGUAUCGAGCCAUGGCCAGUACUGUCUGUGAGAUCCUAUGGCUUCGUUGGCUCUUGCAGGACCUGGGUGUACCUCCACAAGGACCCACACCUCUUUACUGCGAUAAUCAGGCGGCACUCCACAUUGCCGCCAAUCCAGUGUUUCAUGAGCGUACUAAGCAUGUCGAAAUGGACUGUCAUUUUGUCCGGGAGCGCGUUCAGUCUCUCGACAUCGCACCUCGCAAGAUUCCUACAGCCGAGCAACCGGCGGACCUUUUCACAAAGGGGCUGGGGGUCGAACAUCAUCAUCACCUUCUUUCCAAGCUUGGCAUGUUCGAUCUCCAUGCGUGCGCUUGAGGGGGCGUAUUACGUGUCCGUGUCCAUGACCUUCAUGUCCUUGUCCAUGUUGGUUUUGAACUCCUUUGUUUCGGUUGCUUGUGUCCCACGUUAGUGGAGAGUCUUUCUUUUCUAUAAAAGGUCAGUAGCUUUGUAGAUGGCCUAAUAUUAUCGGAUCAUUGAAAAUCAGAAAUAAAACUCAAGUCGUGAGCUCUUUCGAGCUCACCGUGGAUUAGUCUCGUUCAAUCAUGAACGGGGAUACCACGUAAAAUCUCGUGUUGUUCGUGUUCGCUUUCAUUCCGCAUUGCAGAAUUCUACAUUCUCCAAAAAUCAAUCACACCAACACCCACCAUAUCCCUGACUUGUAAAAACCCACUGUGAGGUCAAAAAACAAAUUCCAGCAUCAUCAUCGUUCAUCAACCAUCUCGCUCCUCUACUUUGGAGUUCGCUACCCAGAAAUCCCAAAACAAAACUGGUAUAGAUGAUAUAUCUGGAAAAAAAAUCUUAAAGGAAAAGACUAAAAUCUUCGCUUCUUCUUUCCUGCAUUAAAGGAAAAGACUAAAAUCUUCGCUUCUUCUUUCCUGCACAAACGCCGCCUUCUUCCUCGCGAUUGAUUUGAGGAAAUCGCGGUCGUCGUUUCAUUUUUCACCACUUAAGUCUCCCAUCAACCGACGGCGAGUAAAAUCCUACUUUGCGCACCUGAAUCGAGCAAAUUAGAAGAUAAUCUUCGCCAGCGCCAGAAGCGUCAGGAUCGAAUUCCUCAAUUUCGAUGGCAAAAUAAUGGAUCGAUUGUUUGAACAGAGUACCGAUUCGCUUGUCCAAGUAAGAGUCUGGACCAGAUCUUGGUUGUUGAUUCUCCGGCCUUAAUCAUCGAGACAUCGAUCUGGAUGUUUUCCCCUUUGUGCGAAAGGUGGGAACCGAUUGAGAGAAUGGGCAGGGUUGGUGGGUGGUGGGACGGAGAAGGGAAGCGAUUCUUGGACGAUGAUGGAGCAAUGGAGAAAGGGAAGGGGGGUAGGUGGAGAGAUUUUGUUUUUUUGGUAUUUGUUGGGUUUUUUUUUGUUUUUCGUGUAAGUGGAGUUUUUUAUUAAAUGAUCUUUAAUUAUUUUUGUUUUCAUUACAUUUUUAUUUAUUUUUCAUUAAUCUACGUGGAAGUGUUGUUGAUGAAAUGUCGCCAAAUCAACAAAGUUCGAACCCGUAACCUAAUUUGAACCUUUUGCUACAGAUGACUAAAUAUAUGAAUCUCGAUUUCCAUCAUGGAGGGGUGAUGGAUUUUUCUGGUGAUUCCCCAAAGUAUGUUGGAGGGUUUUCAGAGAAAUCCAGGGUGGAUGUGGAUGAAGUGUCCUACUUUGGGAUUCUGUCUUAGGCUACUGGAUACUUGAAUUAUGAAGGAGUCCGGAAGAUGUGGUACUUUGACUCCUGGAGCCACAAUGGCAUAGGGAUUACACGAAAUCAAGACCGAAAAGGAAAUCAUGGAGGGUUUGUUGGUUGAUACAACAAAGACUAAGGAGGUCUCACUGUUUGUUGAUUGUGUCGAUGUUGAUGAUGGUUUUAUGGGUGACAAUGACAGUGCAUACAACUUGGCAAGGCUUGAAAAAGAUGAAGACUACUUUGAAGUGGGGUAAAAUUUGGUUGCUAAUGAGAUAAUGAACGUGACUGGCUGUAGUGAUGAGGAGACAUAUGAUAAGCAGACUCAUGGUCCAAUGGUCAGAAGUCCAGAAAGUGAAUGAGGGGAAGAGGUGGAUCAGCCUAUGGGAGAUGCUGGUGACAUGGACGGGGAAGAAGAAGAUGUAGACUAAAAUCCUGAUGAAGAU